UCAAUAAUAAUAAUCAUCAUCAUUAUUAACGAAAUUGGAAAAAAUUUUCUCUCCUUGUUGUUGUUUGUUUGUUUUGUUGUUUGUUUGAAUUUGGUUUUUGUUUUGGUUUUUGUUUUGUUUCCGUUAAUUUCAUAAUAUUAAAUUUCAUCAGUUACAAACAAAGUGAAAAUUUGAUUAAAUUUUGUUGUUGUUGUUGUUUUGUUUCAUUGAAUAACAUCAUUUUCAUUAUGAUGUAACCGAUCAUCACCGUUAUUUCUUGAUCCGAGAAAGAAAAAUAGACAAAAAAAAACAAUUUUAUCCGCCAAAAACAAACAAACCAACUAGCCAUUAUUAUUGAUCUGGAAAUUUCGUCGUUUAAAUUUAGUCCACAAAGCCGCAAAACAAAACAAAACGAUUCUACAAUUAUUUUUUGGUCAAUUUACAAACAAACUAAAAAAAAAAAAUAAAAUAAUUAAAAUGGAUACCAAAGAUAAUGGAAAUAGUAAUAGCAAUAAUAAUAAUGUUUAUAAGAUACUUUUAUUGGGCGAUUCAAAUGUUGGUAAAACAUGUAUUGUACAAAGAUUUUGUGAUGAUUCAUUUAUCGAUGGUUAUAUUUCCACUAUUGGUAUCGAUUUUAAACAAAAAAUGAUCAAAUUAGAUGAUGAUAAUGAUGAUGGUGAUGAAAAUUUAAUAAAAUUACAAUUAUGGGAUACAGCCGGACAAGAACGUUUCCGUGCAUUAACCACUGCUUAUUAUCGUGGUGCAAUGGGUAUUAUUGUUGUUUAUGAUGUAACAAAUUUAGAAUCAUUUCAACAUGUACAAUAUUGGUUUAAAAAUAUUGAUGAAAAUGCAUCACCACAGGUAAUCAAAAUAUUGGUUGCAAAUAAAUGUGAUCUUGAUCAAAAUUAUCAAAUUGUUGAUCAUGAACAAGCUAAACAAUUAGCUAAACGUUUAGAUGUACCAUUUUAUGAAUGUAGUUGUAAAAAUAAUCUUAAUAUACAGAAUUUAUUUUUUGAUCUUUGUCAUCGUAUACAUGAUCAAUUGGAACAGAAUGAAAAUAUGUUCGAUUAUGAUCAUGGCCAUAUAAACAGUAUGGAUAUAAUUAAACGAUUAGAAGAUCAUCAAGAACAACAACGUCGUUCAUCAAAAUAUAAUGAACAAAAUUCAAAUACAAAUACAAAUCCAAAUAAUGAUGAUAAUAAUAAUGGUUCAACAAUCAGAUCAUGUUCAAAUUGUGUUACAAAUUAUUAUUAUAAUUAUACCUAUAAUAAUGACAAUAACCAAAGCCACAAUAUACCAAAUAAUGUAUUUGGUAAUGAAUCAGAUUCAUGAAAUAUCAAACACAAAAUACAAAUUUUUUUGGUUCUGUUUUUUUGAACAUAUUUUGCUUUCAUUAAAUAUUUAUUUCAUUAUGCAUAAUGAUGAUGAUGUUAU